GACAGACAGAGAGAAGAAGGGGGAGAUAGUGGGAGAAAGAGAGAGAGAGUGAGUUGGGGUAGAGCAGCAUGGAGAAAGUCUUCAUCACCACGGUUACCCUUCUGUUAGCUCUGUGUCCAGCUGAGUCAGAGGGUUUGGCAGUGACUGGACUUGAAGGAGGACAGGUGGAAAUCAAAUGCUCACAUAGAUUUGCACAGAGCAACAAAAAAUACUUCUGCAAGGACAGCUGCACUAGUUCAGAUAUUCUGGUUCAAACAGACAGCAAUAACUAUAUUGAGAGAGGGAGAUACAGUAUAGAUGACAUAGGAGAUGGAGACUUCACUGUUACCAUCAAGAACCUGAAGAUGUCAGACUCUGGGACCUACUGGUGUGGAAUGAAGAGAUUAUUCGUAGACACGUCUCUUGAAGUGCUUCUCACAGUCCUGAACGCUACGCUUAUUCAGCCUGACAUCACUAGGUCCAGUCUCCGCCCCCCUGUCAUAGUCAGCAGGACAACGGUAGUCAUAACAACAGUGAUCUCCAGGUCUCCUGCACCACCAUCCGCACCACCAACCUCACCCACCUCUUCAUCCACCCCAGGGACCUCCAAUUACCCUGGACCAAAAACGAUUAUGCUGUCUACCAAACCCUGA